AUGAAGACCUCCCUCCUCAUCGCCGCAGUCUCCGCUGCCCUCGUCUCCGCCGCCCCCGCCCCAUCCAACCUCUCCGCCCGCGCUCCCCCCAACGUGCCCUCCAAGUCGGAAGCAACAACCCAACUCGCGGGCCUCACCGUCGCCGCCCAAGGCCCGCAAACCGGCUACUCGCGCGACCUCUUCCCCCACUGGAUCACGCAAUCCGGCACCUGCAACACGCGCGAGACGGUCCUCAAGCGCGACGGCACAAACGUCGUAACAAACGAUGCUUGCGCGUCCGUUUCCGGCUCGUGGUUUAGUCCCUACGACGGCGCGACGUGGACGGCGGCGAGUGACGUUGACAUCGAUCAUUUGGUUCCGUUGAGUAAUGCUUGGAAGUCCGGUGCAGCAUCCUGGACCACAGCCCGCCGCCAGGCCUUUGCCAACGACCUAACCAACCCUCAAUUGCUUGCUGUCACGGAUAAUGUCAACCAGGCUAAAGGGGAUAAGGGCCCAGAGGACUGGAAGCCCCCGCUAACGAGCUACUACUGCACGUAUAGUAAGAUGUGGAUUAAGGUUAAGAGUGUAUAUGGGUUGACGAUUACGAGUGCGGAGAAGAGUGCGUUGACGAGUAUGCUUGCGACGUGCUAG